ACAGCUUUCACUUCGUCCGCCCACAACGCAAUUCCCCUCGCCUUGAUCAUAUGUCCGACGACGCUCGUGUAGUGCGCAUCCCCCUCAAGUACGGAGGCGACGACCUCCAAGUGAGCCCCCGCCAGGCCGGGCGUCACAGCCGGUGGGUGUGGAUUGCGGGCGGCGUGUUCCUUGUCGCCAACAUCGUUGUCCUUGGCAGCAUUGUCAUUGUGGGCAAGUCCGUGGGCGAGUCGCUGGUCCACAUCAAGUCUGUCGAGUCGCAACAAGCCAUCCAAGCGUUGAGCGCGUCGACGUUGCCGUCAAAGUUUGCUGUCCAGCACGUAACCCCUCGCCAGGACCAAGCGCACCGCGGCACGUGCUGGGACUUUGCCACAAUCGCGUAUUUGGAGUGGUCGUACCGCGCCAACGGCGUGGCUAACGGCUGGCUCAAGGCUGAAGAGUACGUGGCCUUCUCCGAGCAGGCGUACGGGAUUGAAAUCAUGCGGUUGUGCGCUGGUCCGGAAAACUCGCCCCAGCAAGUGGCCUGCCGCGUCGCUGGUGACUUUAUCUGGAACCACACAACCGAAGGCGGCGAAGACUACGACUUGUACUACCUCCGCGACGGCCUCAAGAACUCGGUCUUGCCCACGGCCGUGUGCCCGUACUUCAAGCAAGGCAACGAAGACGUGUGUCCUGGCCUCGACGCUGCAUUGGAGCACAACCCUGUCCAAUUUGAAGUCAAGAGCAUCUCGACGUUCUACGAUGACCCGACGAUCAAAGUGCAGUUGUUCACGCAGAAAAAGGCACUGUCCAUCGGCACGCCCGUCGUGAGUGUGUCACACUACUACCCGUGCAUCGGACCGUUCCUGAGCGAUCCGCACUGCCAAAAGGACAAGGACACGUGUACGUUGUGUCCGUCUGACCUGUCGCAGACGACGUGCUGUGUGCCAUCCCACGGCGGCCACAACCCCAACAUGGAAGGAGAGUUCUUUGCCCACAGUCGCAUGUCGUACUCUGGCGGCCACGCUAUGCACCUCGUGGGGUACAACGAUGCGUUCCGCAACCAUGAAGGGGAAGUGGGGGGGUUUAUCCUGAAAAACUCGUGGGCUGAUUCCCAAACGCGGGGCAGUCACUCCUUGAAGUGGUGGCUCCAGGAAAUCUCCGACUGGGAAGAGCGCACGAUCUGCCCCAACAGCUACAACCCCACCAACUGGUACGCUUGCGGCGGCACGGACAACAAUGCCGACUUGGUGUCGCCCACCAACGCCACGGCCACAGUCGUGUAUAACAAGGGUAUUGAGGACUGUCUCACCGACACCACGCGGAUGUUUGCCAAGACCAACGUCCAGACCCUCGACUUGAAGUGCUCGGAUGCGACACAGUGCAAAGUCAGCGACGACGUAACCUACUACGUCCGCAACACGACCGACUGGGGCGACCGCAUGACCCUCAUGUGUGUGUGGGAGCACGACGCCAAGACCGGCUCGGCACGCGACUUUUGCUUGAUUCCAAUGCUCGAGCAAAACUUGGCCGCGACGUUCAAGCCCAAAGUGGCGUUGGCCAACGACGUUGAUCGAUGUGGUUUCUACUUCUUUUCGUAUGAAUCGGCGCGCCAGUACUUGCGACAAUUUGGUGGAUUUUUCGUCAACGGCUACGACAUUGAGUGGCAUCCCAGCUCGUACGUGGCCAACGCCGACAAGUUUCCAUCGCACAACUACACUUUGCUGCAACAAUCGACCUUCCGCCAGAACACGGACGACUUUGUCGGGCCUCACCCUUAUGCUCAUGCGAUUAAGUCGCUGCCUUAGUUAGCUAUGACCGUAGUUUUGAGCGUGUUAAUGAACCAAAUGGUUGACAGUGAACUCAAUCGUUUUGCGG